CUUUCAUUAAACCCUAAUUGAAAUGGAAAAGAAGUCCGAGGAGGGAGAAUCAGAGCCUGAGGUGUACGAGAUCCGGGGAGAGCCGGCUGUUGUCAUCAAUGGCGUCCCUAAGAUAGACCCAAAUUGCAGCAGCCUCGUUCCCUCUAAUUCCAUCAAGGAAGACGGCGAGCCUCGGAAAGAGAAAGGGUGUGGCGAAUGGUUGGAAGGGAGGGAGGUUCAGAAACUGUUUGGGGGAAAAUAUUAUCACGGGAAAGUGAUCCAAUUCGACAAGGAAACUGGGUGGUACACGGUGGAGUAUGAAGAUGGGGAUUCGGAGGAUCUUGAUUGGGUGGAAUUGGAAGAGGUGCUCUUGCCUGUAGACAUCGGAGUUCCUUUGAAAACAGUGGCAUUGAAGGUGAUGAACAACAAACAGAAGGAUGGGCAGCAGCCGGUUCUUCCAGAGUCUGAAAUUCACAAGGACAAGCUUGUGGGAAAGAAGGGGAAGAAGACUAGAGCACGUUGAUGAACAAGAAACUGGUAGGUGAUUCUGAAACUGAGAAUUCUUUACUUGUAGAAGAAAAGAAAUAGAAGCUUAUUUCCCAGUUGUGUGACAUGUUUUAGGCAUUGAUAUCUUAACUUCUUUUUCCCAUGGGAAAUGUAGUUUGAGAAUCAGAACUGUUGCAGAAAUAGAAUUUUAGCUUUGAUUUCCC